AUGGCGUACCACUUAUUCAAAAGGCUACAGAAAGCCAGCACGUCCAAAGAGAGCAAACCGAAAAAUGAAAACAGGACAGACGACAUAGAGAAGUGGCUGAAGGAUAUUCACGACGUGGUGGAUAAGGACAUCAUCCAGGAUAACAACAACGAAAGGGUCCAUGACGCCAUCCUCUUGAGUGACUACCUCUCCGUGAUUAAUCAAGUUGUGAAAUACACCGAGAAUGCCAAAAGCGGGAAGAACUCCAAAGGAGAAAUAGUAAGUGGGAGGAGCGGCGCGAAUGAAAGGAAGGAGCAGAGCGACAAAAUAAACGAUGUGGACUUGGAGGACGAGCACCUGACUACGUCGCGCAUCAAGAAUUUUUGCAAACUUAUGGGCGUCAUUGGGGUGUUUGAGAGGUUGAGAAGCGGGCCUGCUUCUACCCCAGCCGCUGCAAAAGCGAACGAAAAAGCAAACGAAAAAGCAAACUCAAACGCUAAUUCCAGUGGCGCCUCAGAUAGAGGGGACGGCCCCCGCGGGGAGGAAGCCCGAAGGCGCAAAGCCGACUUGCUCGAGCAAAAUGGUGUCUGGACUUUGUUAGAAGAACUCAUCCUCAACAGCGCAGAAUAUCUGAACAAAAUUAUCUGCCUGGACAAAGACAUGUUCCAAAAAAAAAGUGUAAGAAUUAACUGCAACAAAUUGAAAAGGUACAUAAAUUAUCUUAACGUAUUCUUUGAGGAGACCAACAACUGUGAGUUGCUCUUCAGAGUGUUUGACUUCCAAUUGGAAAAUUCAACAUUUAUCACUUACGAGUUAGUCCUCCUUUUGCAAAAGCUUUAUAUCUAUGACAAUGUAAAUUUUUAUUUUUACGUGCACCAUAACAUUGCCUUUUCGAAUGAUGUAUCCUCCCCCUACUACUACAAUUUGUAUGGAUUGAGGUGCUUCCAAAUUUUGUUCCACGACGGAGAUUCGCAUAAUGGGGUGGACUCGCAGGUGCAGCAGAAAAGUGCUCAAAGGAUUUAUGAACAGUACAGGCGAGUCAUCCACAAUUUGAGGAAAAGAAAUUUUUUCUACCCUCAUUUGAUUAGCUACCCCUUUAACUGCUCCCAAGACAAGCUAUCAUAUAAAAAAAGAAAUGAACAUUAUUACAUUAAUGAGAAGGACGAAUUUUGCGCCAUCAAGAGUGGAAAAAAAUUCCGGUCUUCAUUAUUCCGCCAUGAGGAAGACGCAGAGAUAAGAAGAGUUUUAAAAAAGUUACACCAUGCACAGAGGUGGAGAGAAUUCCGGGGGCAGUACGAUUCGUGCACGGCCUAUUCAGCGUCCUGUGAUGAACAGAGCACAAGCGAUAAUUCGCUACAGAGACAGGCAAGUCGAACGUUCAGGGAGAAGGGACUUCCCAAGUCGGAUGGCGCAUCUUCCUCAGCUCGACUCCCAUCAUCUUGCAGUUCAGCACCUCACGAGGCUACCAAUCAAGGGAAGCACAACAAGAGUAAAGACAAGAGUAAACACAAGAGUAACGGAAACAGUAAUGACAACAGUAAUGGCAACAGUAAUGACAACAGUAAUGACAACAGUAAUGACAACAGUAAUGACAACAGUAAUGACAACAGUAAUGACAACAGUAAUGACAACGGUGGGAAGGGAGAAACUGCACAUGGAAACCUACACUCUCACACGAGCACUGAUGACGAUAAUGAGAAUGAAGAAAGUUGCGCCUAUUUAAGCUCCGACAUUUCGAAUGACUUGAUAACGGUGAAUAAAGAAAUAGAGGAAGAGACAAAAAAAAAAAAAAAAAAAAAAUCCCAAUUUGCGAAGAAAAUAUAA